CUCAUCUCCAUAGCAACAUCGCUAUGAAGGAUGGAAGUAUCUGAGCAUGUCUACAGGUUUGUGGGUUUUCGGGCUUGGGAUUUGGUUUUGGUUAGUGUUUGGGUUUUUGUAAGGGCUCGGGGUUAUGUCUUCGGGUUAGGCUAUGGUUUCAGGUUUUGGUUUAAGGUCUGUCUCUCUUGGUUAAGCGCUAGGGCCACGCUAGUGCUAGCUUAGGGGAAGAGUUCAGAUGUUGUUUUGGUUGGUGCUUAGGGUCAGGUUUGAGUUUUGCUUAAGGGCUAGCGCCAGGGCUGGGACUAUGUUUUAGACUUGUGGUUAGGGUUUUGUUUAGGGCUAGUACUACAGUUUAAGGUUUGUCACGGGCUAGCGUUUUGGUUAAAGGACUAGGGCCAGAGUUGAGGUUUGGGUUUUACUACUUCACAUCAUCCGUAGGGUAAAACUCUAAACUCUCACAAUGGGUUAUGGAGUAGGGCCAGGACUAUGUCUUGGAGUCUUUUUAGGAGUAGGGUUAGGAUUAUGGUUUAGACUUACGGUUAGGGUUCUGGCUAAGGUUCGGGUUAGUAUUAGGGUAUUACUCUCAAAGCAAAAACUAUAAAUAAAAACUUAAGUUUUUAGUUAAUAUAGCCCAAAGUUUCACAACCAAGUUUCUACGUUUUGGACCUAGACUUGGCCUCCUCUGGGACUUGAGAGGACCGUUGGAUUAGCGGUUCUCACACCUUUUCCAUUGAAUCAUGAAAUAACUAUUGAUAUUUUUCUACAUAACUAUCUACUACAAGCGAUCAUAUAACUUUUGUUCUAGCUAUAGACGUCUUGCCGCUUAUUUAGUUCAUACGUGAUUGCAAUAAUCAAGAAGUUCUCCGUGUGUAGUUUGAGACGUGUGUCCAGCAUUGCCGCGAGGGAGCACGAGCGAAUCAGAAUGGGAUGCUUAAUGUCAGCUGACUGAUGUCAUGACGGCCACAAAGUGACGUUUGCGAUCAACUGGUAGCUUGCAAUCGGCGUAAUGGGCACCCCGGAUUUAGUAGAUCAAUUGGCAUCAUGAUGGAUGUGCUGGUGAAAAGGAAUCAACCACGUCCGCCUCGCUCCACGUCAUACAUCCAUCAAAGCCUUGCGGUUAUUUGCAUCCACUUUCCCCAAACAACCAGUGGAGAAUGUAUGAAUGCAUGCUCAAAAACGUGAUAACUUUUGACAGUUUUAUGAAAAGAUGCAUGAUUUAACAUUUAGUGUUGAUUGCCUUGUGUCAUCGCCUGAACGCAACACGCGGUAGCAGAUUGGCCUGCAGGCACGCCACUUAAGUGUUGGUUGGGGCCAGCUAAUGGAGAGCAGCUGUGCACUUAGCUAACGUGUCACCUGUCUGCUUCUUACAUCACGUCCACCCUCAGAAACUCAUAAACGUCCAUCUUGGACGUACUUUAAACAACCACUUUCUCCUCGCUUGCAGAAAUCUCCUCUGAUGGGUCCAAGAUUUAUUUUUCAGGGUGUGUUUUUCUAGUGAUGGAUGGAAGUCUUACGGCAGCCAUCCCAAUCGUUGCCCUGUUAGCCACUGACAUUCUCCUCCACGUCUAACUUCAGUAAUAAAACAGACAAAUCCUCCAGCAAAAAAGCAGACGGCAACAAGAAGAGCAACCAGAAAAGCCCAAACGGAAGCUCCGAAGGAGACGGACAGCAGAAAGCCUACAAAGAUGAAUGUCCUCCAAUGGGACUGGAGACGCUGAAGAUUGAUGACUUCCAGCUUCAUGCUUCAACGACCAAACGUUACGGCCUUGGUGCACAUCGAGGCCGACUCAACAUUCAGGCCGGCCUCUACGAGGACGACCUCUACGACGGGGCCUGGUGUGCCGGGAGGGAUGACCCGCUGCAGUGGUUGGAGGUGGACGCCAGAAGGCUGACCAAGUUCACGGGGGUCAUCACACAAGGCCGCAGCUCCCUCUGGUCGAGCGACUGGGUGACCUCCUACAAGGUGAUGGUGAGCAACGACAGUCACUCUUGGGUUACGGUGAAGAACGGCUCCGAGGACAUGAUCUUCAGGGGCAACCGGGAAAAGGAGAUCCCGGUGCGCAACCUCUUCCCCGCUCCUCUGGUGGCCCGCUACGUCCGAGUCAACCCCCAGUCCUGGUUCAGCAGCGGCAGCAUCUGCAUGAGGGCGGAGAUCCUCGGGUGUCCCUUGCCAGACCCGAAUAAUUACUACCAUAGACGCAACGAGGUCAUCACGACCGACGAGUUGGACUUCACGCAUCACAGCUACAAAGAAAUGAGGCAGCUAAUGAAGGUGGUGAACGAGAUGUGCCCGAACAUCACUCGUAUCUACAACAUCGGCAAAAGCCACAGCGGCCUCAAACUCUACGCCAUCGAGAUUUCCGACAACCCAGGCGAACACGAGGCAGGUGAGCCAGAGUUCCGCUACACGGCCGGUUCCCACGGCAACGAGGUGCUGGGUCGAGAGCUGCUCCUCCUGUUGAUGCAGUUCAUGUGUGUGGAGUACCUGUCAGGUAACCGGCGCAUCCGGCACCUGGUGGACGAGACCAGGAUCCAUCUCCUGCCGUCUGUCAACCCCGAUGGGUACGAGAAAGCCUUUCAAGUGGGUUCGGAGCUCAGUGGCUGGUCCCUGGGCCGAUGGAGCAACGACGGCAUAGACAUCCACCACAACUUCCCCGACCUCAACUCCAUACUGUGGGAGGCCGAGGACAAGAAGUGGAUCCCCCGCCGAAUGCCCAACCACUACGUGGCCGUCCCCGAGUGGUACCAGACCCAAAACGCCUCAGUCGCCAUGGAGACGCGUGCUCUAAUCACCUGGAUGGAGAAGAUCCCCUUCGUGCUGGGCGGCAACCUGCAGGGGGGCGAGCUGGUGGUGACCUUCCCUUACGACAAGACCCGCUCGCAGGGUGCGACCCGGGAACCCACGCCCACGCCGGACGACCACGUGUUCCGCUGGCUGGCCUUCUCCUACGCCUCCACCCACCGCCUCAUGACCGCCGCAAACCGCCGGGUGUGCCACACCGAGGACUUUGCCAAGGAGGACGGCACCAUCAACGGGGCGUCCUGGCAUACGGCAGCGGGCAGCAUGAACGACUUCAGCUAUCUGCACACCAACUGCUUUGAGCUGUCCAUGUACGUGGGCUGUGACAAAUUCCCUCACGAGAGCGAGCUGCCGGAAGAGUGGGAGAACAAUCGCGAGUCUCUUCUCGUCUUCAUGGAGCAGGUGCAUCGUGGGAUCAAAGGCAUGGUGAAGGACCUUCAAGGUCAAGGAAUCGUCAACGCAAGCAUCUCCGUGGAAGGCAUCAGCCACGACGUCCGCACAGCGGCUGACGGGGACUACUGGCGCCUGUUGAACCCGGGGGAGUACCGCGUGACGGCGAGGGCGGAGGGCUACAGCAUGGUGAGCAAGAAGUGCGAGGUGGGUUACGAGAUGGGGGCCACCAGGUGCGACUUCACGCUGGGCCGCACCAACCUGUCCAGGAUCCGAGAGAUCAUGGAGAGAUUCAACAAACAGGCCGGGGUUAAAAACCCCCCCAGGCCGCUGCAAGCUCGGCGGUCCAGAGAAAGACACCAGGGAACUUAAGGGACAUUUGGGAAGAACUCAGGUGGGUACUACGUUAGGAUUAAGAUACUUGUUAAAAAAUCAUACAUCAACAUACAAAGGAAAUGGAUUAUGUAAUGUACUCAUCGUUGCUAGUCAUUACAUAAACUCCAACAUCUCUUUAUGUAAAUAAAAUACAAGAGUCGUGUAAAACAAUGCACCAAAGCACCUAAUCUCAAACUCGUUAUGUACAUAGAGGACUUAACGUUAAGUUAUGUAAACCACUACAAUAAUGCAACACAACACAACUCUCCACUCUUUAUUGCGUCAUUGCUGUGAACCGUUAUAUACGCACGUUGCUUUAAGAAAUAAAGUCCAAUUACUCCAAAUUGUUGCCCGCUUUGGACUGUUUUCCCCUUAACAACAAAUGCUAUAAUUAGAAUGACAAUUAGUCAUUAGCAUGUGAACCUCCGCCAAACAAAAGUGAAAACCUUUACCCGGAUUUGCACCAAACUUUAAUAUAUUUUUCCUUGAACCGUGCUACGCCCCUGUGCAAAAGGACGUGUAAAUCAGUGUGGUUGUUUUAUUAGAAUCCUGCUAGCUAGCAAACAAAAACAAUACCAAAUUGAAUCAUAACUUGACUAUAUGUGAAUCAAAACACCUUUAUCCAAAUUUGCACCAAAUUGUAUUAUGCUUUUCCUUCAGCCGUGCCCCGCCCCUGCGCAAACUUUCAUGGAAAUCAAUUUAGGAAUGUUAGCAUAAUGCAAAAAGACAAAGAAAAUGUCUGCUAAUUGAAUUCUAUUUUGUCAUUUAGAAUGAAAGGGGAAAACUAUCUUGAACAUUUAUCCAGAUCUGCACCAAAGUGUCAUAUGUUUUGCCUUCCGCCAUGCCCCCCCCCAACCUUCAACCAAGCUUCAUGUAAAUCGGUGUAGCAGUUUUUACACAAUCCCGCUAAAUGUCAAACAAAAAAUAAUAACUACAUAUAUCAUAUCUUUCCUAUAUAUGAACACCGUGCACCUUUAUGCACAUUUUAUGUAGUUUCAUAGAAAUCAGUUUGGGACUCGUAGCAUAAUGCUGCUGAAAAGAUCAACAAAAUGUCUACUAAUUGGAUCUCCUGCACUUGCACCUUUAUCCGGAUCCGGAUGCCCCACCCUCGACUAAGUUUCAUGUAAAUCGGUUCGGUAGUUUUUGCACAAUCUCAUUAAAUCGCAAACAAAUACAAUAUAUAAAAAUAUGAUAUUAAAAAAAAAAGUUGUUUACUCAUGGAUCGGACUACUACCUGAUAUUUUGAAGGUACAAAGGAUGCGAUGAGACAAACAGGCGAAGGUGUCCACUUCUCACUUUAGCUGGCGGAGUUCAUUGGCCGUCCGUGUGCUCCAACUCGCUCCCUGAGGUGUCAAGGUGUCAUUACCACCCACGCUGAGGUGUUUCUAAUAUUUUGGAGGAGGCAAAACAUGACAAACAACUCUCAGGGUGAUGCAGCGCGCCGCCACCUGCAGGCAGAGUCGUUAAAAGCACAGGUGCAUUGUUACGCAUGAUGACUCUUUUCUGUUUAAAUCAGAGCUUUUAUUAUUAUUAUUAUUAUUAUUUAGUCACAUCAGUGCUGAAAAAUAGCUAAAUAUGACCUUCAAGUGUCUUUCCCGCACAAAUCACACCAGCUACGUUUACAGUUUAACCACAAAACCUGAACACGUUUGAACAUUUCCCUUCCAAUUCUGAUCAGCGUCAUCAUCGUUAGCAGCAGCAAUUCGCCGAGGAAGUUUCCAGAGAGGUAUUGUCAUAUCGACAUAGCUGAUUUUAAACACAUUCUGUGACUAAAAAAAGACACAAAAAUACCAUUUUUAAACACCUAUCAGAAAGAUAAUCACUAACGUUCCUAAAAGAUGUAAAAGCAUCAGCUUCAGAGACAUAGAAGUAGAGAUUCUAGAUCAUGAACGGAGGUAAUAAGGCAUGACUUAAUUCUCCCGAUACAAUAAGUAUGUGGAUGGGUAGUACUUGACUAAUAUGACUCAUAUCAUAGAACAGCAUUUAAGGCAUUCAUUGUCUUGGUGUGUCAUACAGUACUCCACUUAAACAAACUACCAGAACAUAUUCCUCAACAUGAAGCUAAUUUAUUCAUUUAUAUUUACAGGAAGAUACUUUAUAUCAUGUAAUAUUUUGGGGGAAAAGUUAUAACUCGGGAUGUCCAAAGUUGGCUUUUUUGCCGCUAACGAUAUGCCAAUAUUGUCAAACUCUCAAUUUCUGAUACCGAUUUUUGUAACGUGACAUAUCUCCUGUGGUGCAAUGAACAUGUGCGUUGUAUACAGCAUUUUUUUAAAUAUCAGUUUUCACAAUCAAGACAAAAAUCUGAUACCGAAAUCAACAGAUAUCACAUUUUUAUGCUGAUAUCGGGCUGAUAAUUAUCGGACAUCCCUAGUUGUAACUUUAACAAAGUUUGAUUUUUGGGGGGGAAAAAAUGUAAACAAAAUUUUGGGAAAAAACAGUACCCCCCUCCCAAUUUUUUUUUUUAUUGCGUUUAUUUUUAAGUCAUAAUUUUUUGAAAAAUAAUUAAGUUAAUUAAUUUUAGGGCGAAAAGCUGGUAAUGUAGGGGGAAAAGCAAACUUUUUACUUUUUAAGUUACAUUUUUAUUUUACGAUGAUUCUAUCAAAGAAUUUCAAUAAUUAAUUGACAAAUUAUUCAAAGUUAGUUCAUAGUUCAAAAAUUUGUUAAAAUUCAUAAAAGGGACUUACUUCUGAGUUUGAAAAUUCAUGAGCAUCGCAAAAACAAAAAAAAAAAGAAUCUUGUAUGAAUUUUUCACCUGUACCUGUUAAUGCUUCAUGUUUAAUGUUUAUGAAUGGACUGAUUUGCUAGCAAAGCACUUUUCUUCUUAGCGCCAUUACAACAUUGGUUCUGUUGCUGCCAUGUUGUGCAAUAUAUUUGUUCAUAAAGAGUUUGCCUUUCCACUUAUUAUUAAAGUAUAAAAUUCAGGUAAAUAAACACCUCAGCGAUAAUUAGAGUAUUUACGGUAAAAUGGUGCAUUUAAGGGACAUGAUCAUGAGGGUUGCGUGUCUGGUUUGAGUGCUACAUUUUACUUACUUUGUUUAAAUAAAUAAAUACUCUAGUAGUACUGCACGGUCAAAUAGAGUAUAAGCUACUACUGUUUUUGACCCGAUGAGGAAGUCCAUGGAUGUCCUCUUCCUCUUGCGCCAA